AUGAAACUCAGUUUAAAUAUCACCUUACCUGUAACCGUUAUUACGGAGAAGGUUAAGAAGGUUAAGAAGGGGAAGAAGAAGAGUGAAAGUCCUGAGGUCAUCUCCACCACUAAAGAAGAUUUAGUGGAAGUCAAUAUCAAUUCUGAAGAGACUUUAACUCAAUUGAGAGAAUCUUUAAGUGUCAUACCAAAGAGUGAAAACUUCACCAAUUAUUCAAUUUUCUUCAAAGAAACUGAUUUAAGUAAAUUUGAUGAAUUCACUACAUUUGGUGAAAUCUUCGAUCAAUUAGGAGUUGACUUGGAAAAGCCUAUCAGCUUGAAACUUCAAGAAAAAGGUUACAAAUUAUCUGAUAUUUAUUAUCAUAUCAAUAAGUUUAGACAAGUAAUUGGAUUACAUUUCUUAGAUAAACGUAGUAACUUAUUGGGUGUCAAUGCUGGAGUUGCUAAGUUUGAUGAUUUGAAAAUCAAUGAAGAAUCUGACCUUUCAAAAUGUGUCGAUGCUAUCAAUGAUUCUAAUUAUGACAUUGAACAACUUGGUAAAUUAAAUGAUCCUUAUAGUCAUUAUGUUUCUCCAGUAAAGAUUAGUUUAUCCCCAUGGAACCCAGUACCAUUGAUUCGUAAAACUGCUGGUGAUUUACUUUACCUCACCAUUAGUACUUUAGAACAUGAAACUUUCACCGUUACUUGUCAUGCUUCAGGUUUUUACGUGAACAGCUGUUCCAACAUCAAAUUUAACCCAGCUCCAAAAAGUCAAAUUUAUCAUUUGUUAUUCGAUUUAGUUAGAAAUUUGAGUCCAGUUUUUGAAGCUGCUUUAGCUAAGAAUACUGCUGUUUUCCCAAGUGUUUAUGAUCAUCCUGAAAGUUAUCUUUUACCUUCAAACACCGCUUAUCCAUGGAUUACUAAUGAACCUACCAAAGUUCCAGAAUCUAGUUUCCCAAUCUUACCAAUUUUACAAAAUGGUGUUGAUGGAGCUGAUUUUGUUAAGGAUUGGAAUGAAGAGUUCCAAAGUAUUAGGGAAUUACCUAAACUGAAUAUUAAUGAGCGUAUUUUACGUGAGAAGUUAUUGAUCAAGAUCAUCACCGAUUUCAAUAAUGUCGCUACUAAAACUGCCAUUGAAAUUGUUAAUGGAUCAAUUCCUCCUAUGAAUUAUAGUGAAGAUGCCAACCAAUUAACUUACUUACGUAAUGGAAUCUUUUAUUGGCAUGCUAUUGACAAUGGUUCAUUCACCGAAAGAGGUGGAGAUGAAGCUGCUAGAUAUGCCGCUUCUAAAGACUUGAACGCUGUAAGAAUAAUCAACCGUUUAGAUUUAUCUAUUGGAUGUUUAGUUACAUGUGUUGUAGAUUACUUAGGUAAGAGAAUUGUUUGUCAAGCACCAAUUCCAGGAAUCUUCAAUGAAGUAGUAGGUGAAUUACAAGGAGAAUCUGCUGAUAAUGGAGAAAUUGAAGGAGAAAAAGAAUCAAAUAUCGAUGAAGAAGCCAAUGAAAAGGUUGCUUAUGGUAUCAAUACUUCAGGUACUAAAAUCAAUAACGAUAAAGAAUUUAUUGGCCCAUUAACUAAUCUUGCUGAUAUUUUCCAUCUCAAACCUCAUACUGUCACCAUCAAUGAUGAAGAUGUUGAAUUAGUUACUUCCAAAGAUAUCAAAGGUAUUAAAGGAACUGACGGACGUAAGUAUGUUAUUGAUUUAUUCAGAACUUCAGCUAUGGAUGUUAAUUUCUUGAAUAAAGAUUAUAUUCAUAAAGAACCUUUGAUCAGACAUGAAGCUGUUGAAGAAUGGUGGAAACGUAAAAUUGCCAAUUACUUAAAAUUGGAAGCUGAAAAAUUAGAAAAUGAAAAGAAAUCCACUGAAGAAAAAGAACAAAUUUUGAUUCAAUCAAAUACUGUAACUAUCAACCCUGAUACCUUCACUGGUUUCAGUGAAUCUGAUAUCGAUCAAAAAGAGGUUAAAGAAUUAGGUGAUUUCAUCCAUAUUUUAGUUGAUGAAUUCUUAGGUGAUAUUAGUAAGAACAUUUCACCAUUUGAUGGUAAACAUUUAAGUACUUUAAUGCAUCGUCAUGGUAUUAAUAUGAGAUACUUAGGUCAUGUGACCAGACGUUGUUUAGAAAUGAAACAACAAGAAAUUGAAAAAUUAGAAACCACCAUCAAAGAAAAUCAAGUUUUAGCUGAAGAACUUUCCAAAGCUGAGAACACUGAAAAGAAAGAUGAAAAGAAAGAUGACGAAAAGAAAGAUGAAAAAGAAGAAGAACCAAGUAAAGGUGUUUUCCUUCCAAUUAUUGCCAACUUUGAAUCCAUCCAUAAGAUUGCUAUCAAUGAAAUGGUUUCCAGAGCUGCCAAACAUAUUUUACGUAAAUCUUCAGAAACCAUUGAUCCUGUGAUGAUGCCAUAUUUUGUUGCUCAUUUCUUUAAUUGUUUAUUAGCUGAUGGUUCAGUUGAUAUUCCUGCUAACCUUCAAGCGUUAUAUUCUAGUGAAUUCACUAAGUUGACCGCUGAAGAAGUCAAAUCCAUGAUUGUUUCUGAAAUCAAGAGCAGAUUCGAUUAUGACUAUGAAUGGUCAGAAUUAAAUAAGACUGUUAUCAUGAGAGAAAUCUCCUUGAAAUUCGGUAUUCAAUGGAAAUCUAAAACUUUCGAUACUUUCAGUGGUGAAGAUAUCAUUAACUUUGUUCCUGUUGUCAAAGAUUCUACUUAUAAAGCAUCUAUUUUAGAUGAAAUCUCCGACACUGCUCAAAGAGAAUUAUCAUCAGUUGAAAUCAAAGACGAAGACAGUGAAGAAGAAAAGAAACAAAAGGAAGAAAAGAAGAGCGAUGCUAUUGUUUUAUUCAAUGAAUUACUAUCAUUCUAUGAACAAAUUUAUGGCCGUGUACAUCCAGAAACCACUUCAUAUUGUGGAUUCUUAUCGCAAUUAUAUUCAGAAUUGAACAUCGAAUCCAAUCUUUCUCAUACUGCUUGUAUUUUAAGUGAAAGAUCUUUUGGUGUUGAUUCUUAUAAUACCAUUACUUCUUAUGUUAAUGCUGGAUACUUUGAAACCAAUGAUUUAUCCAAAUCCAUCAAAUUAUAUAAUCAAGCUAUUAACAUUUGGGGUAUUAUCUAUGGUAAAGAUCAUCCUUCUUUGAUCAAUACUUAUGCUAACUUGGCCGAAAACUUAACUGUUGCCAAACACUUUUCCGAAGGGUUCAAAUUAUUUGAAAAAUCUAUUGAAUUAUGUGAACAAAUUUGUGGUGAUUGUGAUAUUACUGCUUUGAUCUAUUUCAGAUAUGGUUCAUCUUUAAUUAAUAAUAGUAACUUCAAAGCUGCUAAAGGAAAAUUCGAAAGAGCUUAUGAUAUUUUCUUAAAAGUAUUGGGACCAAAUGAUCAAUUCACCAAGAAAUCAUUAAAUUUUAAAACCAACUUAGCUACUUACUUAGAGUAUCAAAAGAACGAUAAAAAACUUGUAAAUAAACCAGUACCUGCACCAUCAACUAAAAACAAGAAAAAGAAGAAUGGUAAGAAAGCUGUCAAAAUCAAUGAAGAGAUUGCUAACCAAUCAGUUGAUGAUAUUUUAGCAUUUAUUGAAGGUAAAUAA